CUCUUCGCAGUGUAUAUGCACCGCAUUUUGCGUGUACAGUCAUCAGAGGGAACAAAACGUAUAGAAGUGCAGGCUUCUGAUACACUCACUUGUCUUUACGAAAGAGUAUAUGAAUCUUUCAAUUUGAAUAGUUUUGAAUUUAACCUGUGUAAGCAACGAAAUCAUAAGGAUCCGCUUACAUCUACUAAGAGUAAAACAGUAUCAGAAAUUGGUCUUUGUCAUGGAGAUAUGCUUUAUCUUGUACCAGUUAAUGGUACACAGCUAUGGAGCACUCCAUCAACCAGCAGUACCACUGAUAAUAUUUCUACAGAACCAAGAUCAAUGGAUACCACAGGAAGUACAAAUCGUACAUCCGGCCUGUCACGAUCUCUGCCAAAUGUAGUUGAAAAUGAUGUCGACGAGCAACUAUGGAAACAAGAUGGAAAAAUCCAGCGUAAGCGUGACGAGAAGCUUUGUCGACAUGGAGCAAGAGGAUGCUGCGUGCAUUGUUCGCCUUUGGAGCCUUUCGACGAAAUUUACUUAAAGGAGCAGAAUAUCAAGCAUCUGGCUUUUCACUCGUAUCUCAGGAAGCUCACUGCCGGAGUUGAUAGGGGCAAAUUUAUACAAUUAGAUGACAUAAGCUGCCGUGUGAAGACUGGCUGCAAAGACCAUCCGCCCUGGCCACGAGGGAUUUGCAGCAAGUGCCAACCGCCCUCGAUCACACUCAAUCGCCAGACUUAUCGCCACGUGGAUAACGUCAUGUUCGAAAACGCUAGUUUAGUGGAACGUUUUCUCAAUUACUGGCGCGGCACCGGCCUUCAGCGUAUUGGCUAUCUAUACGGUAGAUACGAGAUACACUCGGAUGUCCCGCUAGGAAUUAGAGCUGUCGUUGCGGCUAUAUACGAGCCACCGCAAGAAAGUACAAAGGACACGAUAAGACUUCUACCGGAUGAAAGGGAAGUUUUAGUCGAAGAGUUAGGCCGCACACUUAAUCUAUGGCGAGUUGGAUGGAUUUUCACUGACCUCAUAGCGGACGAUAUCAAGAAAGGAACGGUCAAACACGUUCGCAAUAUAGAGAGCCACUUUCUAUCUGCUCAAGAAUGUAUCAUGGCUGGGUACUUCCAAAACCAAUAUCCAAAUCCCUGCCGUUUUUCGCCUAAUGGUUAUUUCGGCUCGAAAUUUGUAACGGUUUGCGUUACAGGUGACGAUAAAAAUCAAGUUCAUAUGGAAGGCUAUCAAGUAUCUAAUCAGUGUAUGGCGUUGGUACGAGAUGGUUGUUUGGUUCCUACAAAAGAUGCACCGGAGUUAGGCUACGUAAUCGAGUCAACCGACAAGCAAUACGUUCCGGAUGUCUUCUAUAAGGAGAAGGACACAUAUGGAAACGAAGUACCGAGAUUAGCAAGACCUUUACCAGUAGAAUAUUUAUUAGUGGAUGUACCCGCAUCCACACCACUCACACCUCAAUUCACUUUUUUCACAGAUGACAAAAUCACUCCGUUUCCAGUUGAAAACAGGCAUAUUGAUGGUCAGGUUCAAGAGUUUAAUGCAUUGUGCACUUACAUGCAACAGUUUAACACAGAUCAAUUUUUAGAGGCAAUUUCUGACUUUCAUUUGCUCCUCUUUAUCGCCACCAUGGACAUGUACCCCAUGAAGGAUUAUAUGCUGCCUUUGCUCGAGGCUAUCCGUAAUAAGGAUAAGCAGAAGGUACUAGAAUGGGCGCAGUCAGAACAUUGGGCAACAGUGGAGCAACUCAUAUCCGCAUCCUCCACUUCACGUUCACCGCAAGUAUCUUUCGGCAAUAAUUCGAGAACGUCGUCUUCUGCGGCUGUGGGGGGUAGCGGAGGAGGAACAAGUGUCGGUACAGAAUCUAUGGCAGCAAAUCCGCCUGAUGAUCGACCUCAAACUCUCUGGACCUGUUCUCACUGCACUUUUCUUAAUGCCGCGGAUUUAGCAGUUUGCGAAAUGUGCAACUUGCCAAGACCUGUCACGGUGGCCCUUUCACCAUCUGACUCUAUUUAGUAGUGAACUCAACCUAUACUGGAAUGCUUACUGCAAUGCUUAGAAGCCGGGCACGAAAAGAAAGAGAUUGCCGAAAGUAUCCAUAAACAUAUAUACUAAACUAUGCGGUCUGUGCAGAAGAAUGAAGGAAACAUGGAAGAACAAAUAUAUGCAUAUAUGUAAUAUUCGUUGAAUAAAGAAUAUCAGGAAGGAG